GCCCCGCCUCCCGCCCCGCUGCGCGCAGACGUCGGUGCCGUGAUCGCUCUUCCCGCGGCCGGGUGAGCUGAGGCAGUUUCCGGUCGGGUCUGGUUGGGCCACCCGCGCCUGUUCCCGGCGCAGCGCGGCUGGUGGGUCGGUCUAGGCGCCGGGCUCGUCCUCUGGGGACCGGAGUGGAAGUUCUCUCAGAUUCUUGUCCUUGUACUACUAACAUUAUCCUGAACUAAAGAUGCAUCCAGACCUGUCUCCUCAUCUGCACACUGAAGAAUGUAACCUAGUUAUCAGUCUGCUCAAGAAGUGUCACAAGGAGCACAACAUUUUGAAAUUUUUUGGCCAUUGCAAUGAUAUUGACCGGGAGAUGCGGAAGUGCUUGAAGAAAGAGUUUGAAGAAAAAAGGGCCAGGAACCAGGAGAUACGACGGAAACUAAUUAAUGCUCACAAAAGCUCGGAGAAGUGAGCAGUGCUGGAGCUGGACAGCUGCUCCUCAACAGGGACGCUCGGCUGAAUGUUGGCAAAUGCUUCUUUCGCAUCACCAGUGCUCAGCCUGCGGUUUGUGAAAUGGAGAAUAAAGCAAUGCACCUAAAACAUACUCAGUCAGCAAGGCGAACAAUGUGGAAAAAAAUAUAUCAUAAAUGACCACUCACAACUUAAUUUUUGACCUCUGAGAGAAAACGAUGGUGGCAAGUCUUUGUUCGGGCAUAGCUUUGUUAUGAUUGUUAAGUCAUGAGGAGUCAGGGUGUGUGGAGUAUUAUGUAUUCAAGGUUGCUAUAUUCCCUGCCUUGUGCUGAGUUGCAUCUAUUUCUUUGUGUUUAACAGUUUUUCUUUCAUCUCUUGGUUUUUUUUUCCUUCUUGCAAAACACUGAAUGACUUUUCCAUCACUCUUUGUAAUGUUGUGAUAACACUGCUUAAAUGAAUCGGCAAAAGAAAUUUUAAACAGAUGUGGAUUGAAAUUGAAAAUUGCCUAUCAAGUAAUAAUUGGUUUUCUGGUAUUUUUAUUGGAGCUAAAAUGAUGAAACUACCAUCUUCCACUGAGAAGAUUAAAAAUCCUUCCUGCCAACCGUAUGUACAGUGUAGACUGUUGUAGGACAAUAUGUUCAUCAUACCCAAAGCAAGCGGCUUUAGAAAUUCAGAAUGGAACAUUUCCAGGGAUUUGCAAAGCAUUGCCUUGAUUUUUGUUGAGUACAAUCAAUGUGUGCUGAGUGAUUUCUGAAGAGGAAUGCUGCCAAAAAUACAAGCUAAGUAGUUUUUCCACAUACUCUGGUACAAAGUUGAAAUCAAAUUAUGACUGUUGCUGUUGACGGAAAACUAGUUGAAGUGAAAUAAAGUGUAAUUUGCCUUUCAGUGAGGCAAGUCAACUAGUGUUCUACUAACCAAGUUGCCUUGUCAGCCCAAAAGAGCUGUUCACUUGCUGUCAAACUGCAGAAAGUCCUGAACAAGUGUCUGAAUUCAGAGGAUUUGAUAUUAAAAUACAUUGGUUUCUGCAGUGAUAGAGCUGUUUCUCUGAUUGUCUGCUGGAUCCACCUUAUUUUUAAAUGACUCUUCUGAUGUGCCUACCAACAAAAGACUAUUUAGAAAAAUAAAUGUUGUCGAGCCAAAUAAACUGUCUCGCUUAGGCACACAGAGUAGGGUGUCUAUUCUACAGUGGAUUCUAUGGUUUGUUGUAAGAACUUGUUCGCACUCAAUCUUGAAAUUAGUACAUGCACCUGUUUUUGGAAGAAAGCUGUAUUUUGUGAUCUACUUUGAGAGAUUAAUUAGAAUAAUUUUACUUCUUUUUCAAUAUCUGGAUGGACCCAGUUAAAUUUGUAAAACUUAAUGACAGUUUUAAGUGGAAGUUCCAUGAAAACUAAAGCAGUUGUUUCUGCAUCUUUUGACAUGCUGUCUGCUUUCUUAGAACAAGUAAAUGAUGCAUUAUUUGAAUUAAAUACUUCAGUGGUUGGAA